AUGUCAGAGGGCAAAGAAGUGGACUCUGUUGAACCUGCAACCUCUGUUGCUGGCGAUGAGAAUACAUCCAUUUGGCAAACAGCCUUGGGAGUAUCUCUUGUGACGCUCAAUGUCUUGAUGAGAUUAUACUGUGGUAUCUUCAUGAUCAUUUCGGAUUGUGACGAAACUUAUAAUUACUGGGAGCCGCUCAAUUUAAUUGCUAGAGGGUUUGGUAAACAGACAUGGGAGUAUUCACCAGCGUAUGCCAUCAGAUCAUACCUUUACUUGAUCCCAUAUUAUGUUGUGACCUUUCCGUUACGGGACUACAUCCAUAUUACUGGAGAGCAAUUACCAGAUUAUUAUUUCUUCUACUUCAUUAGAAUUUUUGCUUUGAGCGGAUUUACGUGCUUUAGUGAGUACAAGCUCUUCCGCAGUGUUCAGCGUAAUUUGAGCUCAUACGCUGCUAACUGGUUCUUACUCUUCUCCACAGUCUCGGCUGGUAUGUCCCAUGCGGGUGUUGCAUUUCUUCCUUCAUCGUUUGCCCUAGGUUGGAUUGCAUUAGGUACAUCAUUUGCUCUCGAUGUCUUGACAUUGGAAAAUACCUUUGCUAGCGUGUGGCCAAGCGUGAAGGCUAUCACUUGUUUCCUCUUUGCUGGAAUUUUCGGAUGGCCAUUCACUUUAGCUCUUGGCUUACCAUUUGGUGUAUUUACUCUUGCCUCGAGAUUUCAAACGGAUCCAUUGGUUCGUAUAGUUCUUCUUUGUACGGUCGUUUUCGUUGCGAUGAUGAUUGUACUGAUAAGCGUGGAUUCUUACAUCUACGACCGUACUAUGCUUUUUGUUCCAUUUAACAUCGUUUUGUACAACGUCUUUUCAGUUGAGGGCGAGGGCCCCGAAAUAUUUGGAACUGAGCCGUUCUCAUAUUACGCAAAGAAUUUAUUGUUGAAUUUUAAUAUUGUUGCACCACUCGGCUAUAUUGGCGUUUUUAUAAACCCGGCGUUUUUUGGGAACAAAAUUCGUACCUUGAUUGGAAUUGGUGCCCCAUUGAUGAUAUGGACUUAUAUUUUUGGAAAUCAGGCGCACAAGGAAGAAAGGUUUCUAUACCCUAUUUAUCCAAUGAUCACUUUGUCUGCGGCAGUACUAACCUCGAACGUGUUCUCUGAGUUGAAGAGACGCGUCCACUAUAAAUGGGUGAUUCGGGCAACUUCGACACUUUCAAUGAUGACAGUUAUUGCUGUAUCUUUACUACGUGUUGUUAACUUGAUCGAAAACUACAGCGCCCCCAUCACGUCAGCGCAAGUAUUCGCCGAAGUUGCCAAAAAUGACUCGAGUGUGACGAUUAAGAAUGUCUGUGUUGGCAGAGAGUGGUAUCACUUUCCUACCUCUUUCUUCCUUCCAGAUACCUACAGGUUGAAGUUUAUUGCAAGUGGAUUCGACGGACUUUUGCCUGGCGAUUUCCCUGAGGGCGUACCAUUGACUAAGGCUGCAUCGAAGUACCCUAAUGGUAUGAAUACAAGAAACAUCUUCUCUCCAGACAAAAUUGUGGAGCUCGAAGAAUGUGACUUCAUUAUAGACAACUCCUCUCCAGUCAAUCAUGACAACGGCGAAAUUCAAUUUAUCACGAUAGAUAAUGGAACGCCCGUGGUUAUUGAAGGCUGGGAGAAGGUUAGCUGUGAAAAGAUCAUCCGUCCUGAUGGAAAUCACAAAGGAGUUGGAAAAUUAUUGUAUGUUCCUCAAGCAUUCAGGAACUACAUCCCUUACGAUAUUGAGUACAUGUAUUACUGUGUUCUUAAGAAGGAAGGGUGA